AAUAUAGAAAUCUUUCUGCAACCAGUACAAAGUCCUGUCUGCAUGGGCACCGCACUGUCUUCUACCACUGUAGACCUUACUCAGUUCUACUCAUCUCCAGCACCACGGACAGUCCUGGGUUUUACUGGCACUGAAUCCAUUCACAUUCCUGUUUACAGAGAGAGGGCUGGCUCAGGAUUAUCUGGAAUAGCCGCCUAUCCCGAGCCCUCAAUCCUAAAUAAACACAGAGAGUGUCUACAGCUCCCACUUUGAGAUCACAGCCCUACAGCGCGGAUUGGGCAUCGCUGGGUGGCACUGGUUCUGCCUGGGACCUACUCCUAUAAAUCAUCUUCACAGAGGUAUCGUGUGAAAUUUAUACGCCUAACUAAAAUGACCUUCUACGCCUUUUUUUGGUUAUCUUUGCUGCCAAACCUUUGCCAACCACAACUAGAAAAUGAACAUUCUGAGAACAAUGGAGCUAGUCGAGCUAAAUGCACCUACACGUUUGUGGUGCCACAUCAAAAGAUAACCGGGGCUAUCUGUAUCAACACUGCAAAGUUCCCAGAAGCCUUUGGAGUGAAUAGAAGUGAGGUUGAGGAGCUAAAACAGGAGCUGAGCCGUCAGCAUAUGGAGAUAGAAGAGCUUAAAAGACUGGUAGAUGUUGAUCAUGAAGUUGCCACAGAGAUGAGCCAUCUCCGCAAAGAGAGCAGAAACAUGGGAUCCCGCCUCAGCCAUCUCCAUACUCAGUUUCUACAUGAGGUGAUCCAGAGGAAAAAUGAGUCAACUGAAGUCUUCCAGGAGGAGAAUGGAGGAGUCAAUGCUACCUCUGAAGUUCUCAAGUUGUCUUCAAAGUACAGAGAGCUCCAGGAAAAAUAUAACACUCUGGCUUCAUUAAUCAACAAUCAGAGUGUUAUCAUAGCACGUUUAGAGGAACAGUGCCUACAAAACAUUGGUCGGCGCCAAGCUAACCAAGUACAAGUUAUUUCACCAUCAGCUGGCGAGGCUUCCAGUAAUUCUUCGAAUGGAAAGAAGCACAACCGCGAAGUCCAUGGGGAAGAAACAGACGUUACAUCAAACAGGAAGGAAAUAGCCCAGGAACAAUUAGACUCUGUUGCAAAAACAACUUCCAAAGCCCCAGAUGUUAUAGAAACGGAGUCCACCAAAUCAUUAGGACCAUGGAUGGAUUGCCUGGAUGUUUUGUCUGGAGGAAAGAAGACCAGUGGCAUUUACCUGCUGAAACCGCAUAGUAGCAACCAAAUCAUGCAGGCAUGGUGUGAGCAGGAGCUCAAUGGAGGGGGGUGGACAGUUAUACAAAGACGACAGGAUGGAUCAACCAAUUUCUUUACUGAUUGGCAGAACUACAAACAUGGGUUUGGCAACUUGGACAGUGAAUACUGGCUGGGUCUUGAGAAUAUUUACUGGCUGACCAACCAAGAUAGCUAUAGGCUUCUCAUCCUCAUGGAAGACUGGCAGGGUAGGCAAGUAAGCGCUGAGUAUGACCGGUUUCGCUUGGAAGCAGAGAUUGAUUUCUACAGAUUGCGGCUGGGCCAGUAUCAUGGCACCGCUGGAGACUCCUUAUCCUGGCACAAUGACAAACAGUUCAGCACCAUGGACAAGGACCGAGACUCCUACUCGGGUAACUGCGCCGUGUUUCAGAAAGGUGGCUGGUGGUACAACAUGUGCGCUCACUCCAACCUCAACGGAGUGUGGUAUCGAGGUGGUCAUUACCGCAGCCGCUACCAGGACGGAGUAUACUGGGCUGAAUUCCGGGGCGGUGCCUACUCUCUCAAGAAGGUCUCAAUGCUAGUAAAGCCCAACAAGUAGCAACUCUUACUACAACCAUAAGUGGAGAAAGCUAUUUCCUCAGUCACUAUUCAGUGGAUCCAGAAGACGAAAGAAGUAAAUAACAUAAUGAAAUAAAAAUACAUGAAAAAUUCUACACUUGCCUAAAAUAUUAACGCUCUUCCAGACACCACAUUGGCAGUUUGAGUAGAUCAUAUGUCAUGUAUAUUCUGUUCUGCUUUUUUUUAAGUUCAUUUACAGUCUGCUGAUUCGGUUGGUAAGAGAAUGCAUUCCAUAUAGUUUUACUGCAUAUUUUACUCCCAGGGCCCUAGAGCACAGGUUCUCAAACUCGGUCCUCAGGACCCCACACGGUUCAUGUUUUGCAGGUCACCUGUAGAUUUUUAAAAUGUGACAGUUGGUGAUACACAGUGCACCUGCUGGGUGACAUGGAAAACGUGAACCGUGUGGGGUCCUGAGGACCGAGUUUGAGAACCACUGCCCUAGAGUAUACGCUUUUUUUUCUUUCAUGGCAUCCAUAGGCCAAAACUUUAUUGAGAAAGUCUACAAAAAUUACAAAAUGAAGUAAAUUGUGCUUACCUGUCAUCCUUAGUGCCAGUUAGGUGGUGGGGGACAGGGGAUCAGUAUGAAAUACCUCCAAUCAAAAUCCCGACAGCAAUUGACCGACGAUCAAAAUACCGACAUGGACAAAAUACCGACAUGGA